UCAUCACUCGUCGACUGCCCUGUCCGUUCUCCGCUGUGCGCGUGUCGGCUGUCCGGUUCUGAGCGCUGGUUGAUGUUCUUGGCACGCUCCUUCUUCAAGAUGUCAGGCCACACACCCACACUUGCGAGACUGGAACAGAGGGCAGCAGAGGCUGACCAGAUCAUUGAGUACCUCAAGCAGCAGGUCCAGCUGCUGAAGGAGAAAGCCAUUGUGCAGGCCACUGUCAGAGAAGAGAAGAAGCUGAUGGUGGAGAAUGCCAAGCUGAAGAAGGACAUUGAGGAUCUGAGGAGACAACUCCUUGAGAAGGAAAGAAGGAGAGGAGUGAGAGAAGUGGCCAUGCCCUCAGCCGACUCCAGCAUCCAGUGUGUCUCCAAGCCUUCGGUGCCAGAGCCAUCAGCGCCUGCAUCUGCUGCUGCUCCUGCACCCACUGCUAAAAGCCCCCCAGCCAGCAACAACGAGGCCAAGAAGAAAGUUAAAGCAGAGAAAAAAGGAGAGAAGCAGGAGAAGAAGGCUCCUGCUCCCCCUCAGGAAGAGGCCAAGGUGGACGUUUCCCGGCUGGACUUGCGGGUUGGACGCAUCAUCUCAGCUGAGAAACACCCAGACGCCGACUCCUUGUACGUGGAGCAGGUGGAUGUGGGUGAACCAGCACCACGCACCGUGGUCAGUGGUCUGGUCAAACACGUCCCCCUAGAGCAGAUGCAAAAUCGCAUGGCGGUGCUGCUGUGUAACCUGAAGCCAGCUAAGAUGAGGGGGGUGUUGUCCCAGGCCAUGGUCAUGUGUGCCAGCUCUCCAGACAAGGUGGAAAUCCUGGAUCCACCGAACGGGGCAGUGCCAGGGGACAGAGUCACCUUCCAAGGCUUUCCAGGUGAGCCUGACAAGGAGCUAAACCCCAAGAAGAAAGUGUGGGAGCAGGUGCAGCCUGACCUGCGCACCGACAACCAGUGUGUGGCCACCUACAAGGGAGCUGCCUUUGAGGUUGCCGGAAAAGGAGUUUGCAAAGCUCAGACCAUGAACAACAGUGGCAUCAAAUAAACGUUUCUGAGCCAUCUGUCCAUAGCUCCAGCCUGCCAGAAGAAUAUGGCCAAGACUUGGUGAACUUAACCAGGACUGAGCCUGUGACACCUUUCUAAUGGCACUGAUGAAGGAGAAAAUGAUAAUAAAGCGUUUGAAGAAUUAUACUUGAUUUUCAUCUCCUCAAUGGCAUUGUGAAGACAGUAACAGUAAUAAAGGGAUUGAACAUCAUUA